CUUGGCAGCGAAGGAAGAGGGAGGGGACAUUUUUAAUGGCAGACACAGCCUGCACAAAAUGUAUAAAGUCUGAAAUAUGAAUUAAUUUCAGUCAUUCAUAUAGUAAUAUUUAAAGCUAAUAUAAUAAGUUUCAUUUGCAUGUGACAAUUGGCACAGUUUUCUUCUGUUAAAGAGUUGAAUUUAAUUUCGUUCUGCGGAGUUACGCGCUUGUUUUGUGCGGUUGGCUAACUACUAGCAAGCUAGCUUCUGUAGGCUAGUGCUAGUUAUAGCCUGGCUAUAUCUAAAGACGAGGCCCUGCCGGCUGCUGAAUAAGUGAGAAUAUGUAACGUCCCUCAAUCAGCAUGACAUCUAGAUUUGGUAAAACAUACAGCCGCAAAGGAGGGGAGGCCAACUCCAAAUUUGACGAGGUCUUCUCCAACAAGAAGGCCACCUUGAGCACGAAAUGGGGCGAGACGACCUACAAGGCCCAGUUGGGCUCCAAGAGGCCGGCCCUAAAGCCGGAGGUGGUGGAGUUACCCAAGAGACCCAGGAUCGAGGACGACGACAGUUCCGAGGACCCGUUUGGCUUCGACAGCGACGAGGAAUCCAAGCCUGUCUCCUCCCAUGGCGGUCCGCAGACUAAAACGGAGGUGGCGGAGCCAGCGCCGGCAGCGCCAGGCCAGGGGAGCAGUGGGGGCAACACUGCCUCGGCACACGGCAGUAGGGACUCAAAUGCCACGUCUACAUUCAAGCCAACGACAGGUGAAGGUGUUGCAAAGAACAGCCAGUCCUGGUACAGGGACACCCAUGAUGGUAACCAGAGGCCCCACACGGCUCAGUCCACCCUCUUAAAGACCGUGUCCAUGGAGAGGUCAGAGGACUGGGACUCAGCGGGGAGACAGAUUCCCUCCUCCUCUCCGAGCAUGGACCCAAGCGCCCCGGGACCCAGCGUGGACGCACAGGACGGGCUGUCCUCUGAGAGAGGGAUGGGUGCGGACCAGACGCCCCCGGCAGAGCCGGUGGAGACCAUCGCCCCCUCUCCGUUCCUCCUCCGGCCCUCCAACUGCAAGAAGUACCAGCGGCCCAACCGCUCCAACAAGGGUCCCGACGCCGAGGCCAGCGAAGGCCAGCCGCCAGGCAGUGGGUCGACCACACUGAAGCCCAGCAGCGUGUCCUCGGCCGGCGGCAGCGCCGGCGGUAGCGCCAGCGGCGUGGGGAACGCCAGCGCGGCGACCAAGCCGGCCGGGAGGGGGAGGGGACGGGUACGGGACUUCACGGUGCUCCAUCCCUCCUGCCUGUCCGUGUGCAACGUCACCAUCCAGGACUCGAUGGAGCGCAGCAUGGACGAGCUGUCCACCACCGCGCCCCCCGCUGACCUGGGCGAGGCCGGGCAGAUGAAGAAGAAGACGGAUGCUCCGCCUCUCAAGCCCACACGGUUCCGGCCCACCCAGAGCAAAACCAAAAAGGAGACCAAGCUGGAGUUCUUUGGCUUCGAGGACAAGGAAGGCCAGGAUGGCGAGGAGGGGGCCGACCCGGCAACCGGCGGCAGCAGCAGCUACAAGAUCAAGUACUUUGGCUUCGACGACCUCAGCGAGAGCGACAGCGACGAGGACGAAGAGAGCUCGCAGGCCGCCGAGAAGCGAAAGGCCAAGAAGGCGGCGGCGGCUGCAGCAGCCGCGGCGGCGGCCAUGUCUGCCGACGUCAACAGCCCUGCGCUCAGCGACUCUCAGGACAGCCAGUGCAGCAGCAAUGCAGAUGUUCUGGAGUUCAGCGACGACUCGAGCCCAGGGGGGUCGGAAGGUCAGAAGGGUUGCCCAGGGAAACAGGGGGACAAGUCCAAGGACUUGGGCAGGAAGAUCUUCAGCGGGCCUAAGAAGGUCGGCAAGUCUCCUGCUAAGGCUGUGUACAACGCUCGCCACUGGAACCAGCCUGAGCCUGAGGAGAUGCCCCCCCCUCCUGCACUCUCCCGCGCCCACACCGCCCCGGCCAGUCUGUCAAGCAGCAGUAAAGACACCAACACCAAGAGCCACAAAGACGACGGCCUGUUCAAGGCUCCUCCCCCUCCGCCCAAGGUCACCAAGUCUGUGACCAUCCCCACCCAGCCCUACCAGGACAUCGUCACAGCACUCAAAUGCAGGAAGGAACACAAGGAGCUGUACACGGUGGUGCAGCAUGUCAAGCACUUCAACGAUGUGGUGGAGUUUGGAGAGAACCAGGAGUUCACCGACGACUUUGAGUACCUGGAGACAGGCUUGAAGAGCAGCCAGCCUCUCAACACACGAUGCCUUAGUAUAAUCAGCCUGGCCACCAGGUGUGCCAUGCCCAGCUUCCGGAUGCAUCUGCGGGCCAGAGGGAAGGUGGCUCAGGUCUUCAAGAUGCUCAGCGACUCCCCUCAGCACCCUAACCUGGCCCUGUGCACGGCCUCCCUCAUGUACAUCCUGAGCCGGGACCGUCUGAACAUGGACCUGGACCGGGCCAGCCUGGAGCUCAUGCUGCGCCUGCUGGAGCAGGAACAAGAGCAGGACCUGGCGGCCCAUCACGACCAGCUCACCCCCAAGGAGGUGGCCAAGGUCAAGGAGAAGAUCCGCAAGCUGUGUGAGACGGUCCACAACAAGCACCUCGACCUGGAGAACAUCACGUCGGGUCACCUGGCUAUGGAGACCCUGCUGUCACUGACGUCCAAACGAGCUGGAGACUGGUUCAAAGAGGAGCUGCGUCUGCUGGGAGGCCUGGACCACAUCGUAGACAAAGUGAAAGAAUGCGUGCAGAACUUGAGCCAGGAGGAAGAUAAGGAGAAUCUGGUGGCGUCUUUAUGGGGCGCUGAGAGGUGCCUGAGAGUGCUGGAGAGUGUGACGGUGCAGAACCCAGAGAACCAGAGCUACCUGAUCGCCUACAAGGACUCCCAGCUCAUCAUGUCCUCUACCAGAGGCCUGCAGUACUGCGAGGAGAUGAUCCAGCGCUACAGCCGGGAGGUGAACGUGUCUCUGAGCUCUUCGGGCACAGCUCUGCCCCACUGCAGCUUCAGCAACGUGGGCAAGGCUGUGGAGGACUGCAUGAGGGCUGUGAUCGGAGUGCUACUCAACCUCACCCAUGACAACGAGUGGGGCAGCACCAAGACAGGAGAACAGGACCAGCUCAUUCCUACAGCCCUCAACUGCGUCCUCAGAGUCCCCCGCUACCUGCCGCAAGAGCAGCGCUUCGAUAUCCGAGUCCUGGGCCUGGGGCUGCUGAUUAACCUGGUGGAGUACAGCGCCAGGAACCGCCACAGUCUGGUGGACAUGGACUUCACAGCCCCCAGCUACCCAGAGGACAGCCUGCCCCAGGCACAGGAAGAGAGAGAGCAGCCCCAGGCCUCUCAGGCCCAGGCCUCCCAGGCCCAGGCCUCGCAGCCUGGCGCAGCCCCCAGCGAGCCCACCGCCCCGGGGCCUGAGGAGCAGGUCAAGCCUCCUGGUUCUGGAGCUUUGGCAGCUCUCGUGCAGUUCUUCCUGGAGCGCGAGCGAGCAGCCAUACAGGCCGAGGCGCAGACUGAUGACCUCAUCAGCGAGGCGCCCAAGCCGCAGCACGACCAGAGCGGCCAAUGGCAGGAGACCUCGGGGGAGAUCCAGUGGGUCGCCGCGGAGACCAACGACAGCGAGAACGACAAGGAGAAGGAGAAGAAAGAGGAGGAGGAGGAGGAGCUGGACCUCAACAAAGCUCUGCAGCAUGCUGGGAAACACAUGGAGGACAGCAUUGUAGCCUCGUACACCGCCCUGCUGCUGGGCUGUCUCUGUCAGGGCAGUCAGGUCAACGUGACUACUGUGAGGGAGACUCUGCCCCAGGGAGACUUCUCCAUCAUGACUGAGAUGCUGAAGAAGUUCCUGAACUUUAUGAACCUCACGUGUGCCAUGGGCAGCACAGGGCAGAAGUCCAUCUCCCGGGUCAUAGACUACCUCGAGCACUGCUAGCACACGGGUCCCACAUCCCCUCAGUGCCGGCAACAAGAUCUCUGCAACACCGCCUGGAGCCACCAGGGGGCGCCUGGACCCAUGCUCUCUCCCUCUUUCUCUCUCUCCACUGCAACCUGCUGACGUUCUCUCUCUCUCUCUGAGGGGAUAAAACCAUCAGCGCCUCUCCGAAUCAAAGUCGGUCAACAUACUUUGGGCAUUUGGAAAUCCUAAAACACGGGAAGGUUGAAGGAUCUUCCUCAGGUAGAUCCUUCAAGUCCUGCUGGUCUGGAGAGGAGGUAGAGAGGAAGAGGAAGAGGAGGAGGAGGAAAAACAGCUAGACUGUUCAGCCUGCUGACCUGUCAUGUAUAACAAAGCUUUUGAACUGAAUCAUUUGAACAUUUCCUUCCCUGUGUGAGAGGAGUGUGUUUGACGCAGCCUACAGUGAAAUCAUGCGGUGCAUUAGCAUGGAGGGGCUGGAGGAGGACUGUGUGGGACAUGUUUCAUCACAUCAGGCUGUUUUUCCACGUCUGCCCUCGAAUCACAUUUGAGGAGGGAACAGGAAGUCAUGGUUCUGGCUUCAUCUCCGUUUGUGCCCUUUAUCUGUGGACGGUCCCGUGGAUACACCUGCCUGGUUCACAUCUGCCUGCUUCCCAAAUCAGGUGGAUCUUUUUGCUUUUCCUCAAAGGCAUGUUGUUAAUGCUGCAUUCUCCAACAAAUCAGCAGGUCUGGGUGGAAACCUCUCGCUCCUCUUCUCAGAUGAUGGCUCUAGUGACGGCUGUUAGGAAUGUGUUCAAAGCCUCUACCCUUCCCAGACCUCCACCGCUCCUCUGGAAACGUUAUAAUCCCUUUUUCCUCGAUCUCAUGGUCUACAUGUAAUAAUGCAUUCACAAUAUUGGUAGGGUUGAUCUAUUAUGAAUUAGUUUUGUGUUUUUAUUCUUCUGUUUGGUAGUUCCAAUUGCGGGUUCAUGUAUUUAUUUGACAGUUUCUGAAGUGUAGAGCUGUUUGGACUGAGACAAUGUGAAACGCUCCCCCUGUAUGAAGACCCCUCUGUGUGGAUCUGGUUUUGGCAUGACUCGUUGCUUGAAGUGGUUAGAAAAUCCCCUGUCGCUAUAGAAAGAGGGUGACUGUAUAUUGAAGUGAUUGAAACCCUUGUGUAACUGGUUGAGGUUUGUCAUCAAACUGGCUAAAUGUUCAAGCCUGAAAAGCAGAUGAAUCUUGGUUGAUGUACUCUGGCAGAAUGGCCUGGUCACCCUGCCAUUCAAACACAUUUCUUUCCAGCAUGAUAAGUGCCGGGCCAAUCACAAUCAUUUAUCUGAUAUGGGGGCAGGUUUGACAACGAAGCACGCAACAACAGUACAGAAGUGUGCUGUGAGGCAUUUCUUUUAAAACAACCAAGAUGACGUUCUGUUACUCUGAUUGGAUAGAAUUGGAUGAAUUCAACCAAUCGCGUCCAGAGGCCUUUUGAUUUGCGCCCGUUGAUGAAAUCGAAAAUGACCCGAGAGGUUCCAGACUUGCGCGUAUUUGCUGAUUGGUGUGGCGAUGUCAGGCUAUAAAUCUUUGUAGAAAAUUUGAAAAAUAUUUGUUUGUUUUGUUAAUUGAAUCUUAAGUCUGUUUUGGUAAGUGGGCAUUUGAUGCGAAUGCAUUUGGAUGAUGCAACUGAUAGCUGUAGGACUAACCACUUUUAGCAGUUCUGUCUGCGCUUUAAGUUUGUCUCUGUUGAACACAAACAUAAGCUUUCAUUAAUCACAGUGGUCAAUCUGAGCUAGAACGUAAAGUCAGGUCCUAAUGAGAUACUAUUUGAAUGACAGCCAUACUUAGAGCAAAUUUUUUCAUUUCAUCUGUAUUUUUUAUGCUGCAGUGAAUGUUCCUGUUGAAAAUUGGUUUGCAAAAAGCUUGUCCUGAAUGGAAUUUUAGAAUGUAAAUACAACUGUACAUAGUGGUUAAUGGACGUUAGAAUGCUAGACUACUUUUAUGAAGCUGAUAUUUUAAUUUUAUACAAUAUUUCUGAGUUGUGUCAUUUGAAGUAAAACAAAAAGAUAUAAAAAGACAACAGCAGGAAAAAAGUUUGUACCUGUUUCCAGGACAUUGUCUUUGCUUAACAUGUAAAUAAUUGUAACUCAAAUAAAAAGUUGCUACUUUCAGUACAA